AUGAGCCGUCUGCUCACGGCUCGGUCAGGGCUUUGGUGGGAACGUCUAAGCCGUAUCUCAGUCAUACCAUUCCGCCAAGACUGGACCGGGCAAUGCUCCUUCUGCGGCAUUGUGCUGCUCUCGCAGGAGCCGGACGGCUGGUGCUGUAAUCAGGGCCGCAGACGUCUGCCGCAGCUGCCACCAUGUGAGGAGCUUCUUCAGGCCCUGUUGGACAGGUACGGCGGCCGCCUCUCCACUAUGAGCCGUCGCCUGAAUAACCUCUUUGCCUUUUCGGCCAUCGGCACCACUGGCCGCUUUGUGCAGUUUCAAGGUCUCUCUAACGUUGUCUUAGAAGGACGCGUGUACCACCGGCUGCUGGAUGUGGCGGCGAAGGGCCACAGCAUGCAUUGGUUCCUCUAUGAUGAGACCGAACGGGCCCAGCAUGCGCGGCAGUUGGACGUCCCAGAGGAUGUUCUGCAGAUAGCCCGCGACUUUCUUAUCCGGGUCAGUCCAUACGUACGUAUCCUGAGUCAUGCCGUCAGCCAGGUAAGUGAGCAGGCUACCCCGCUUGCCAUUGAGCUUUCCGUCCCCCCGGCUGGAGGCGAGCUUGCUGCUGUGAUCAACACAGACAAUCUUCGCCACAUCAGCACUCGCAAGAUCGUGUUCUUCCGCAAGGGAGGUCUGCAGCCACGCUUCGUCCCAAUCCUGUCUUGCCAGUAUGAGCCCCUGCAGUACCCACUCCUUUUUCCCCACGGAACGCCGGGCUGGGGCUUUCACGAACCGUCGCAAAAGAAUCUCCCCUGCACGCAGAUCCAAUGGUAUCGGCAUUUAUUCCUGACGGAGCCACGUAUGCUGAUCUUCGGCCGCCUAGCCUGCGAGUACGCAGUAGAUAUGUUCUCUCGGACGGAGGAAGAGCGCCUGCAAUAUCUGAAAAUGGGUCGCCACCAACAGGCAGCGGGGAUGGAUGAGGCGGCGCAUCUGGAUGCACCAGACCUCUUCCAGAACAAGAUCCCCGCUGGCUUCAUGGGGUCUCGCGCCUGGGCCUCGGACCAGGUCGCCGACUCUCUCGCCAUGGCACGAGAGCUCGGGAACCCGUCGUUCUUCCUCACCAUGACCACCAACCCCAACUGGCCGGAGAUCCAGUCCCGGUUGCUCCCAAACCAGGAUGUCACUGAUAUCCCAGCGGUGGUGUGUCGGGUCUUUUACCGGCGCCUUCAUGCCCUCAAGGCCUUCUUACGCGAGAACUUCGGCCCUAUACCGUAUGAGAUCAGCGUGACAGAGUUUCAGAAACGGGGCCUGCCACAUGCCCAUAUUAUUAUCAAGGUUAGCCACGACCCACCGCUGUCUGAAAUUGACACUAUUAUCUCCGCAGAGCUGCCGGAUCCCGUGGAGAAUCCUACGCUAUAUGCAGCAGUGAAGCGUUUCCACACACACUCCAGGGACCAUCUGACCCGCCCCACAUCCCGCUGCAAUCGCAAUGGUCGAUGUAUCUACGGUUAUCCCCAGCCGAUCACUGUGCACACCUAUAUUGAUGAUCUUGGCCGUAUGCAUUACCGCCGGCGCAAGGAGGAGGACCGCUGGGUGACUCCCCAUAUGCCGGCUCUGAUAGAGCUCAUGGACUGCCACAUCUUUGUGGAUGUCUGCUCCACGGCGCUCAUCUUCCUCUACCUGUUCAAAUAUCUUUUUAAGGGACCAGAUCGCACCCGUUUCAGCCUCCGCGGUCUCUCAUCCACGCUGGAUGGGAAUGAGCGAGUGGAUGAGUAUGAGGACUACGUUAAUGCACGAUAUCUCUCCUCCUCAGAGGCCGUCUACCGUAUCUUCGCCUUUGAAACGGUCCGGAAGAUCCCUGCCGUCCGCUGCCUUCCAGUGCAUCUGGAAGGAAAGAACCUGCCUAGGAUGCGCCGUCCGACGGCACCCGGUUUCUCCGCCAUGAGUGACCUGCUUUGGUAUUUCCAGCGUCCAGCUACAUCACACUUCUGCGGGCUGAAGUACACCGAAUUCUUUAGCCUCUACUACCUAGAGACCCGGCCGCUUCAUGAUCCCCUUGACCAAGGUCAGGUCCCCAUCACUACUGUGGACACUGAGCGAGGUCUCCAGCAAAAGGUGUUACGGCAUCGCAGCCAAGGCGCAAUCGUCACGCGACUUCAAACUGUCCCGGUACGCUCGAAGGAGCUCUUCUACCUCCGGGCACUGCUACAGGUGCGGCCUGCUUCCAGUUUUCAGGACCUUCGCACGGUGCAUGACCGCUGCUACCCGACAUACCAGGAAGCAGCCACCGCCCUGGGGCUAUUCCAGGAUGUCCGUGAGGCCGUGUAUGCGAUGAAUGACGCGAUUAGUGCUUACAGCCGUCCAUCUCAGCUGCGCUUUCUGUUCGCCUAUCUUCUGCUGGACCUGCCUUUUCCAGCGGUGGACCUGUGGACACAGUUCCAGCGGGAGCUGUGUGCGGACUAUCGACUGGAUCACAAUCCCACCCAGUCGACAAACCUGGCCCUGGAGGAUAUUGCACGCUAUCUGUCUUCGCAGGGUUCCUCUCUGGCCCAGUGCGGCUUGCCAGAGCCACAACGCCAUGACUCUGAGGUGGACCUGGAGCUGAACUUCUUCUGUGAUCGGCUACCUACUCUGCGCAGAAGGAGCGAGGCAGCGUAUGCGAGGAUGAAUGCAGAUCAGCAAAGCAUUUUCGACCGCAUUCUCAGACACUGCGGCUGUGGUGGAUGCUUCUUUAUUGAUGGCCGUGCAGGCCGCGGUAAGACCUUCCUAAUAGGUGCCGUCUGUGAUCAAUUACGCGCGAAGGGUGAAAUUGUGUGCGUCACUGGUACGACCGCACUGAGUGUCAUCCACUAUGAGCGUGGUCGCACUGCUCACUCCGCUUUCGGAAUCCCGGUCCAGGAGACCGAUGUGGGCCUACAGUCCAAGAUCAGCGUCCACUCAGACCGCGCCGAGCUGCUGCGGCUGGCCACCAUUAUCAUUUGGGAAGAACUGCCCAUGGCAAAGAAGGCUGUUCUGGAAUGUGUUAACCAGCUGUUGCAGGAUGUCAUGGGGAAUGAUCUACCAUUUGGAGACAAACUCUUCAUUGGCUUGGGUGAUUUCCGUCAGGUGGCACCGGUGAUCCACGGCAGCUCUGGGCCAACUGCCACUCUCAACAGUUCCAUCCGCACUUCGGACCUCUGGUGCCAUUUCCAGAUCCUACGGCUGACUAUCCCAAUCAGGAAUGCAGGAGAUCCCGUAUAUGCAAGGUGGGUGGACCAGGUCGGAGAUGGUACGACUCCUUACGAAGUCAGCGUGUCACUGCAGCACCUGCACCAUCUGGCCUCCCUGGAUGAUGCAGCAAAUUUCCUCUUCCUUGAUGAUGCUCUCCAAACUUCCCCUGCUGCCGUCCAGCGUGCCUUUCUCAGCCCGUUCAAUGCCCGCGUGGAUUUGUUCAAUGGACUGAUGUUGGAGCAUGUAUCAGGACCUGCAACCACCUACUACAGCCAAGAUACCAUCAAGGAGCUAGACGAUACUACCUUCCCUCUCCCCACGGGCGCCGAAGCAGAUCUGCUCUCGAUGCUCAACGAAUCGGGUGUGCCGCCACAUGCCCUCUCCCUAAAAAAAGCCUGCAUUGCGAGCAUCAUGCGCAACCUCUGUGUUGAGAAGGGCCUAGUGAAGAACGUGAGAAUACAGGUGGUGAACUUGCUCUCCAAUGUGGUUGAGGUGCAACUACUCCAGCAGCUGCAUCCUAUGUCGGAACCAGCAGACUCUACUUUCUAUCUGCCCCGUAUCACGUUUGAGUUUAAACCACAGCGCGCAAAUUGGACUGUGCAGCGUCGGCAGUUCCCUUUGCGCUUAGCGUAUGCCACCACGUUCAACAGCUGCCAGGGCCUCACCUUGGACCGUGUGGUACUGGACUUGACCAUGCCGGUCUUUGCCCAUGGCCAGCUCUAUACCAGCCUAUCCCGCGUCCGGAUGGCAGAUGACAUCUGCAUCCUGCGGGACCCAGAUGAGACUGGUCACUCCACACUGAAUGUGGUAUACCAUGAUCUGCUCCUGCCUGACUGA